GAUUAAAAAUUCAAAUUGUGUAUUUUUUAAUGCAGAUAACUUUGCCAUAACAGUGUAAUUGUUCGUUUAAUUUAUUACGUUAUAAUUUUGAACUAGGAUUUAAAUACGAUCAUAAUAAUAUCAUUACUUUGCAGUCAUAUCAACUUAAUGCACAUUUUUUGUAUAAAUUAGUAAAUUACUCUAGGCAAAAUAGAUAUGCUCAUAUGUGUACAACUGUGUACAGCUGAGGAUAUACCUAACGCAUAAAUGCAUCAAGUGUGUGGAUAUAUAUGUACAGCCUGCUGCGUUGAAAACUAUGGAGAAAGGCAAUGAAACAACAUUUGAUUCUGAUGAAAUUCAAAUAUAUAAACCUAUUGCUGUGGUGAACAGUAGGAUUGAAAAUUUCUUAAAGAGAAAGAGAGAUGAAAACCAUGAAAGAAAUACCAGAUUGUAUUGUACCUCAACAUCUAGCAGAAAUUGUUCUAGUGCUUCUAGAACAUGUAAUACAAUAGAAGCUAAACGUCAAAAAGGAUCUGAAUGUUUUGUAAAAAAGACGAAAGUGAAUAAUAAUUUAGGACCACUGAAUAAUGGCGGUUUGGAUCCAGCUAGCUUAAACAGUUACAAUUUAUCAAAUAAUUCAAAUUUUGUUGGAUUAAAACCAGAUGUGCAAGAAAGAAUAUCAAACAUAGAAACAGUCUUAAAUAUUAAAAGUGAUGGUCGAAACAACAUUGACAUUUAUGAUAAACUAAAAUCAUUAGAAGAUCAUGUAUUAAAACUAGAAAAUAUUUUAUUAAAUAUCAAUGAAAAUUACUCGUUAUCAAAUACUUUUUCCAUUGAUAAAGAUACGGGAACUAUACAACACAAUUUAAAGACCGAUGAUCUUAUUAGACAAAAAAAACUUGCCUGUGAAGAUAAUAUGAUAGAAAAAGAAAUAAAACCAAGAGUAUUACCGAAAAAAUCGAAAUAUUCUGCCAAUGAAAUACAAGAACUCAUUAACAAUGUCAAAAGAAUUGAUGAAAACAAAAAAAAAUUCUUGAAUCAAUAAUUAAUACAUAAGACAUUUAUUUUUAUCUUAUUGUAUAAAAUCAU